CCCCCACCCUCCUGCACCGACUCCGCGCCGCGCGCCGCGACGCCCUCAACUGGUCCGCGCGGUGGCCGCCGGGAACGCGCGCAAAUGGCGGACGGAGGCGAUCACAUCGACAUCUACGCCGACGUGGGCGAGGAGUUCGGGCAGGAGCAGGACUACAACCGCGACGAUGACCUCUACAACGACGUCCUCGCGACGUCCACCAACAACGGCGACACACUCGAGUCGCGCCGCGCAUCCAUCGACGGACCGAGGGGGGGCGGGGAGCGCGACGAUCUCGACUUCCCCGACUCCAUGGGUGGGGGGCCCCCCUCCUCCUCCUCCGCGGCCCCUGAGGGCUCCCCCAAGCCCGGCUCGGGGCCCAACAUCGUCUACACGUACAGCAAACGCGUGCCCAUCUACGUGGGCAACCUCACUUGGUGGACCACAGAUCAGGACCUGAUUGAAGCUUUCCAGGCUGUGGGGGUUAGCGACGUCCUCGGAAUCAAGUUUUAUGAAAACCGUGCCAAUGGGCAGUCUAAAGGGUUCGCCAUCGUGAACCUGGGCUCGGAUGUGGCAGCACGUAAGCUGAUGGACCUGCUUCCGAAACAUGAGAUUCAUGGUCAGGAUCCCAUCGUGACUCCUUGCAACCACCAGACGCUGAGCCAGUUUGAGACUCAGUCCCGAAAGAAUUUCGGCCAGGUGGACCCCGCUCCGUGCAACUGGAGCAAGGGGGGCAGGGUGGGCCAGUCUCCCCCUCCGCAUGGUCCCUCGCGCGGGGGUCCUCCCUCUGGCGGCCCACCCCACCACCCCGGCCCCCUGGGUGCCCCCGGCCCCCACGGGCCCCCCUUGAUGUCCCGGGGAGUGCCGUUGUCCCUGCAGGGCCCCCCGAUGAUGGUGGCGGCGCUGCCCCCUCCGCCGGCCGCUCGCUUGGAGCGACCUCCGCCGGGGCAGCCGUUUCCGGGACAGCCGUUCCCGGGGCAGCAGCCUCCGCCGCACUUUAACGACCUGCCCCCUCCUCGGCCGGGAUUGCUGCCCCCUCACCACCACCCUCACCCCCACGCUCAUCCCCAUCCUCACCAGAUGCCCCUGCCACCGCAUUCGAUAGGUCACCACCCUCACCAGCAGCAACAGCAGCAGCAGCAGCAGCUCCCUCCUCACCACCCCCACCACCACCCUCACCAUCCUCAGCACCACCCGGGGGCGGCACAACUGCCCCAUGGCCCGCACGGCCCGCACGGCCCGCACGGCCCCCACGGCCCGCACGGCCCCCAUGGCCCCCAUGGCCCCCAUGGCCCGAACGGCCCGAACGGCCCCCACGGUCCCCACGGCCCGCACGGCCCCCACGGUCCCCACGGCCCGCACGGUCCUCACGGUCCCAUGGGAUUCGUGCCGCCCCACCACGUAGGCCAGCAGGGGGGGCCGCCCCCUCCUCCGCCUCCGCCGCCCCCCCACGGGGCCUUCCAGCAGCGGCCCGGCCUUCCCAUGCCGCCCCUCUCCUCCUCUCUGCCCCCGCCCCCGCCGCAAGUGCGGAUGCUGCCCCCACACCACGGGGGCCCCGGGCCGCAGGGCCCCCCAAUGAUGGGGGGCGGAGGAGGACCCCCCAUGGGCCACCCCGGGCAAAUGCCGACGCCGCACGUCAACCCGGCGUUCUUCCCUCCACCGGGGGGAGCCGGAGGAGGAGGAGGGGGGGGAGGAGCAGGAGGUGGGGGGGGCGGGGGGGGGCAGCUGCCCCCAAUGCCGCCGCCUAACGCGGGAGGAGGAGGGGGAGGUCAGCAGCGUCCAGAUGGUGGGAGAGGGGGUGGCCCCCCAGGCCCUCCAGGUCCUCCGGAGCAGUUUGUGAGGCCGCCGCCGGGAUACGAGUGGGGGGAGUACCGACCCCCCCCGCAGGAGAGCCACCGGGAGGCUGAGGGGCCCCAGCUGACGGAGACGGAGUUCGAGGACAUGAUGACGCGGAACCGCGCCGUGUCGAGCAGCGCCAUCUCGCGCGCCGUCUCGGACGCGAGUGCCGGCGACUACGGCAGCGCCAUCGAGACGCUCGUGACGGCCAUCUCCCUCAUCAAGCAGUCCAAGGUGUCGGGGGACGAGCGUUGCCACGUGCUCGUCGGCUCCCUGCAGGACUGCCUGCACGGCAUUGAGGCCAAGUCCUACGGCUCGGGGUCCAGGAAACGCGAGCACUCCCGCGAUCGCGAUCGCGAACGCGAUCGGGACCGCGACCGAGACCGCGACCGCGACGGGGAGUCCGGGCGCUCGCGCGAGAAGUCUCGGCGCCACAAGGGCAGCGGCAGCCAGCGCUCGCACAGCCGCGAGAAGUACGACGACUACUACCGCGAGGGGGGGGGCGGCGGCCGCGAGCGAAGCCGCGAGCGCCGGGACAAGGAGCGCGACCGCGACAGGGAGUACCGCCACCACUAGAGACGAGGGUUCGUUCGAAGCGAGGUGACGCUUGAGUUUGCGUCAGAGCAAAACAAAUAAACGACUCCAAAUGACUAAGACAAUCCCUGGCCUCAGUCGUCGUGGUACGUGUGUUUUUGUGGCACAGCGGAGUCCAGCAGUGCAGAAACAAUCCCCCCCCCCCACCUCUCCCUCCUCCUGGCUCGCUUUGCUCUUCUCUCGCGUAUCUUGCAAGCGUCUGCUACAGUCGGGUGCACGGUGGCACCACGGGAAUGUUGACCCAGUUUACAAACCAACGACUCGCAGCGCCCUCCUCGGUGGACCAGGGUACAGAAAUCGUGACGACAUCGAAGCAAUUUUUAGUGAGGUUUUACGGUAAGAAUUCUCGCAACUGCUAGCCAAGAACGACAUUUACGGUAUUGGGUGUCGUAAAUGUACGAGAGAUCUUAACGAGUCGGGACCGCUCACAAGGCGAUCGUAACCGAUUCUAAUUCGUAACAUUUUAUGACAAUGUCAAUAGCAUUUAUCAUAUUUUCAUACUUCGUCACAGGCAUGGUUAAACGCAUGGAGUGGUGACAUCAUGCCCAGCGUGUUGACUAGGUACUCUUGUCGUCUUCCUGUCAUGUGAUUGGUAGGUGCAGUGUAAGUGAUGACUUAAUUCCCAGCAAUAGAUCUUUGGAGAGUGAGAGUUAGGAUCUCACUACGAAUCCCCCCACUUUGACUUGUGAUUAUUUCUCUUUCGACUUGAUCAUACUACAAUCGUAGCCUGCUUGUUCAUGGGAAACAUUAAGAGCAUUGUAUCUGUACUCUACCCCCAGGUACUGGUGUCAUUGUGGCUGUGGUUUCAGACGCACAAAAGGAGUCUGGGACUCGCUAGCUGUCGGACAAAUUAUUGUCACGCCCAAAAGGCACCACAAUAAAUGACAUUACGAAAGUUACACGUGUAAACUUUAAAUUACACGCGUAACGAGUACCCGGAGAAAACCCGCAAAUGCAUUCAAGGGGCAUAACACUCAAAGAUCCACACAGAUGGGUUUACAAAUCAUUGCUUAUUUACGGCUACCCCCCGGCCACUUGCCACUUCUGCGCUCACAAUCUGCAUCCUGUUUCCGUGAAAACUGCAAACCUCAAGCCAGGUACAAGUGCUUGUCCAUAGCGUCUGAUGCGUUGUGUGCGUGCGUGUGUUCAGUUGUACAACCGAUUGAGCAGUUGAAUCUGACUUUCUGUGGUCGAUAACUUAGGCCCCUUGAAAAAUAAUUCCGGUCACCCGGAAAGGUUCUGUCUCCCGAAGGCAGGAACUUCCCACCCCCAUCACCUUGCAAGUCACACUCAAUGGGAUGUCGCUGGUGAGACCAAUGACGGCACCAAACACCGCCAUGACCUCCCGUCCAGCGGCACAUCUCAGAUAGAAAAAAAACAUAAACGUUGAUUUUUUUUUCUGUUGCUCACCACCGAGAAGGGGAAACCUAAGAUGCAAAAAUGAGAGAAAAAAAAAUCCUCCACACAACUGUAAAAGUUACAUGAAGAGAACUGUAAGUAUUGGGAACACAAAUGUCUCGAACGCAAAGGGCCUGACAUCACAGCUCAUCUCAACCCUGCAGUAAUCGAGCCUUGGGGCGGUGGGGGGAGGCGGGGUCAGGGGGGACCAACAGUGGCAUCUGUCCCUACAGGGCACGGGGUGUAGACCACACGGGCUUGCCGUGAAUGGGUGCAGUCUGCCAUCAGGGGGCAAUGUUACGCUGUGGGUUUUUGAACUUGGCUUGAACACCAGCGGUAGUGUGUUGCGUCACGUUUACAUGAAGCGGGGGUUUCACUGCACCUUGGUGUGAGCGGUGGGGGGGACCGUGUGAUGAUGUGUGCGGGUCGUGGACGGCUGGAUAACUUCUGUAACCAGUGCGGAAUGACAGCGAUGGUAUUUACUCGGUGUACGUAUGUUUAACGUCUUUCGCACCAUAGGUCGCCAACCAUGCUAACAGGAUGUGUGGUGCUGUGAGGUGGCAUAAAAACACCUACGCUCGUGUGGGUAAGGGAUGGGUAAAGAGGAUGUUCAGGUCUCAAUGCUAACGGUGGGAGGGGAGGGUGGGGGCUCUGUUAUUAUUUAUGAGGUACGUGGAUUGAUGGGUCACUUCUGUAACAGGCAGGAUUGGUUGCAUUUUUUUCACUGAUAGUCGUUGCUGUGAACUUGCUUAAACACUUUCGUUGUGUGCGUAUUUGAGAUACAUGUGUAUUUGAGGUGCGUAAGGAGGAGAUUAAUUUGCAAUGUGUGAGCGGUGUGGACUAUUGAUGUACACUAUUGGGUUUGUGGAUGUGAGUCACUUCUGUACCAUGGUGGAAUGAUAGGGAUUGUAUUUACACCAGCAGGCUGUGUUGUGAAAUUGCUUCAGCACCUCGGCUGGGGUGUGUUAGGCUUAUCUAAAGAGGUGGGGAGGGGGGGUCACUUUUUAUUGGCGUUAGCGGUGGGGGGACCGUGUAUUGACCUAUGGGGGUUAUAAGGUCGCGCUUAUCACACACAAAAUGCCUGCCACAAAUGAACUACAAUACCUUUGCGGAUCUCGUCAAGGAGCAUAAACCAUCACGUGAACUCGGGUCAUCCUUGUAGCGGCUUUUGGCGAACCAUCGAACAAAGACGGUCACUGCAUCGCGCGCUUUCAGAUGCGUUUCUGCGGCCGUCUGGAAUGCUCUGGAUAUUAGGAAGCCACUGGAGCUAUGCACUUUAUAAUCAUCGAGUUGAAAAACUCAUAUCUUUAGAACUGUUUUUUGUUGUUGUGUUUCCCCCACACCUCCAAUUAUCACGAUUGGCUUAGGUAGGGUGCGAAAGAAGUUCAACAUUAAUUGUCAUUUAAACUUGCAAGCAAAAGUUAACGUUCAUCGCGGUCAAAUCGGUCUAAUUGAAGUCCAGAUUACAAGCCACGUGUGCGAUCACUGCUCACGUGCAACCCCAAUAAAGUAAUUAAUAAAUCGCCCCCCUACUUGAACGUCGUGCUCCGUGAACUUCAUUCGCACCCCAUCCUCUUCCUCCUCUCACUUUGCUGCGUGAAUCGCUUAGGCGCUUGGUGAGCGUGAGCUCGUGGAGGAGGGAGAAGGAGGUUAGGGAGAGAGAGAGAGAGGAGAUAGAACGUGCGCUCUCCCAGGGCCGCCCGUUGAGCUGCCUGCCGCAUCGACAAAGUUGCCGCGGCGAAACUGUUCACGUUUGAAGCUGAAUCGCGAAUGCGGGGACCGUGGUUGAUUUGUGGACAUGUGUGAUCGAUGCUGUUCAUGUAACGUUCGUCACUCAAAAGAUAAUUUUUAUCCAUUGCGAUUCCGUCAUUUUAUGCACACCCAACCGAUGGUGUAAAAGUAAAAAAAGAUAUCUAUAUCCUAAAAAUAAAAAGUUAGUCGGAUUUAACAGUAAAUUUUUGACAUGUAUACCAUCUUCAUCAAUUAUCUGCCGGAUGAAGGCCUCCCCCAUUCCGUGCGAGUUCUAAGGUUUUGACCAUACUUCACCACGCUGGUCAGUGCGAUCUGGUGAAUGAGGGUGCGGGCGGGGGCGCAGGACCGGUUCAGAUCAAAUUUCUCGCCGCUGAUGUCGGCCGCGGCGGGGAGUCGAACUCGGGUCGCUGGGUUCAGCGCAGCGCGCGCUACCACCGCGCCACUGCUCCACCCGGUAUCGAUGUAAACGAGCGUAAGCGGGUCAUCGGGUCUCGUCCGGGAUUUUAAAAUGAUUGCGGUUCGGUCUCCCGCUUGUGUGUUAAUGACAAGGAGAGCGAGAGAGCGAAAAAAACAACCCAUUGCCGUGUGACUGAAAUGAAAUUCCUCUGUUUGUACCGUAGGUGGCACAGAGCACAGACAGGCUAGCACUCGCUGCUUGGCGUUUGUGCCUCCCCCUCCCACCCUUCCCACUUCCCCGCCCUGCCCUGCCCAUGUAUUCGUUGCGAAUCCACCCCAGCGCUCUCAGAUUAUCAUUGCACUGCGGCUGCCCACGUUCAUGCGAAUGCAAACAAACAAACAAAAUCGGACUUGCGGUCGAUCCGAUGACCGCACGAGACAACCACCAAUCGCCUCUUCGCAACGUCGCCCACCAGCCGUCCCGUCGUCCACCAGCCCAGCCCAGCCCAGCUCAACGCGAGGACCUCAUCCCUCCCACGCUCUCUCCACGUACGUGAUGUCUGUGCGCUCGCAAAUCUCUGUGUUUUCGCUUGGAAUCGUUGCGUCGGUUUUUGUCUUGCGGCGCUUUUCGCAAAGCUUCUGGCCUCCCCUUAGUCCUCCACGCUGCCCUGUCGUGCCAGCCUUCUCGCCUCGCCGAUGUAGACCCGGUAGUGGGUCAAACUUUCCCGGUGGGCCCACACCUGUUGCAACGAGAGAGGCGGAUGCGGUGUGUGGCCCGGGAGCAGAAAAAAUGUCGGGGGGUCAUCAAACCCGGAGAGACCCGGCUAAAGUUAAGCCCCGUAAACGCGUUUCUGACUCCUCCGUGUGUUCGCCAUUUCGGCGGAAUGGAGCGACGGGCCGCCCUGUGCCGUUGUUGAGAUUUUCGUUUGGGUGUGGAGGCAGAAAAGUCGGGAACCAAUCAGGCCGCGGGUACGGGGGAACGGGGUGGCUCGUGCUGAGGAAGCGCUCGCUCACCCUCUCGCGGCUGGUUCUCUUUUUUUCUGCCUGGAAAUACACGGCUUUGCAACCCCAACGGUGGAGAAUUGCUCUGAUAUAGCAAAAACGAUACUGAAACGCAUCGGCGCAGGAGAUGAUAUUGAUUGGCUCGAGUGGAAAUUGGGCAGUUCUCCUUCCUGAUUGUGGCUCCCGGCUACAAUAUUGUGUGCUGCGGUCGUCAUGGGCUUGAGAUUGCCCUCCUUGCUGCGCUGGACGGCGCGGAGGUAGCUCCCACAAUGCAAGGACGACGUCUCGGCGCGGUCGCAGGCCCACCCUCCCAUUCGCGAGCAGAGACGAGUUGAGGCUUUCAGUGUGGCUGCCAAGCCCCUUAGAGGGCGCUGGAGUUAUACGUGACGGUGCGCAGGUGGCUGUCUCUUUUUUUAAUUUUCCUCGCGUACCGAAGCUUCAAGCUUCCUGUGGAACAGCCCUAAGACGCAGGGGUUUAAUGGCGCACCUACAAAUGCAGCAGCCGUUUUCAUUUUAUUUGUAGAGCUGGCGUCUCCCUUUACGGUUGGCGAUGCGCGGCAUUUUCCGAUGAUGACCGUGAUGAACACGGCGAUGUUUUCUGAAAAGUAGAAAUUCGGAGAUAAUUUACCCUUUCCCGUAAGGGGGUGGGUGGGGGGGGGGGGGGUUGGCGUUUUCCAAAUGAAUGUUGCGUUGUAAAGUUGUCGCGAGCUUUGCUUUUUUUUAAAUCUUAAUAAUAGUGAUGUACGCGUUGUUUUGGUUUGUUGCUAGGCCAGAGUGUUAAUUGUGUUUCGUACAAUCGAACCUGUUACAGAUUUAAGGCUUCAAAGUUAAGAAACAUUGUAAACCGUGAAAAAGUUCGCUUGAUAAGAAUCGGGUGGCGCAGCCUCGGGCGUGGUGUGGAUUGCACAACCGCGCUAUAAACCCCGCGACCCGGUUCGAUUCCUGACCGCGGCUGACAUCGGUGGCGACUGUUGUCCCCGACCGAUCGUGCAUAUCCGUCACCAAAUGCACAAUGACCAGCUUGGUGAAGUAUGGCAAAGCAAACCCCCAUGACCGACACGGCAUGAGGGGGAGUCCUUCAUCCAGAAGUGGAUUGACAAGGGCCUGUGACGUAUUAUUAUCAUUAACGUAAAUAGUCGACCCUUAACUAAAUGUGAGCGGCCGUGCGACAUGAAUAGGCGAGUCUAAAUUAUUUACCUGCUCACAAACGAGCGUGGUGGAAAUUCCACAUUCCCGCAGCUAUUUUCAUGAUUUUCUGUUGAUGAUCAUCACUUAAGAUGGCGAUGAGAUGAGUUGGCCCACGAUUUGAACUUUACAGACCUUCCGAUUGCGAGUUGAGCUCUCAGACUCUCUCACGGUCGUGCUGACGGCCUGACUUGAUCACGAGCACACGCGACCUGUAGGCAUGCCAACAGAGAGUUUGAGGUGUGUUUCGGCCGUGUGUUGUUGUGCAUGUGAUGUUUGAAAUAAAGUCUUCUGAACGAAGGAAGAGGAAUUUACAAUCACAACAAACUAAACAACUCGACACACGCGUCAAUAACACUACCCCAAAGUAUAUAAUAGAUGACGCUUUAUGCAAAUGGUUUUCCUUCAUAGCACAUGUUAUUGAUGAACGUGUUGUUAUUAUGCACCACUGCCAUCACAGUAGCCGCAUGACCAAAUCACCAGAUCAUGUGUUUGAAGGCUGCUUGAAUAAUGUGUUGUUUGCUAAAAUGUUAAAUGCAGUUCGGUUUAUUUUUGACAAAAAAUUUUUUUCCAUUUUGUUGUUCAUGUACAAUACAAUACGUACAACAGCUAUAUAAUGUUCUAAUAAUCAUUCUGAGCCCGUUUGUCAGUCCGCCGAUCGAUGGAGGCGUCUCCUCCAUGCCACGUCGGCAAUCGGCGGUUGUUUGACCAUAUUCUAGAUUUGAAGCUUUCGUGACUGCAAGGAUGCAUACUCUUAGUUCUUUCGGUAAAGUCACGUAGGUAA